CGUUAAUGCAAAUAUAAUUGGAAUGCAAAUUUCCUUCAUGCAUCAAGAUGACAUUAACACACAACACCAGGUGGUCUGUCUGGCAAUAACUACGUUAAAAAUAUAUAGAAAUAACUACGUCAAAACGUGCGAACACAGCAUCCUUGCAUCAAGGUUUGUCAUAUAACGUUCUGAAAGUCCCGAAAAGUCACAGAGAAGAUGCUUGGUUUACUUUUGAGUUUAUUCGUCGCACUGUUGGCAACAAUUGCUGAAGGCAGCGCAUCCAUGUUCAAGAGUCAACCACAAUUUUCCAUGACGGUCGACAACAACAAAGCAUUUGACCAAUCUUUCUCACUUGGAAAGUACAUGAUAGUAAAUGGAGGCAUAGCAGAAUGUCUGGAACACUGCCUUGAGGAUUGUCGAUGUCAGUCGUUUCAGGUUUGCCAGAAUACACAAUGUCAACUGUUCUCAAGUCACAAGGACGAAAACAGUUCAUUGCUUCAUGAAGAGAAAGGCUGUGUCUACGUCACGUACCAAAUGCGAGAUUUGGUGCAAACUUUCCAGAAUGAUGAUGACCAAUGUUCAGGCAUAAGUUGCUACAUGAAGUAUAACUGCUGUCAGAAAUCAGAUAUCUGUCCGGGAAACAAAACCUGUCAACCGACGUUUGUUCCGUCUUGGAAACGUUUCACCUGCGAAUGUCCUGAUGGUUACUUUGGAGACAACUGUGACGAGAAAACCAUCUCAUGUUUUGACUGGCCUAUAACAACUCUGUAGUGUAAAUUUUAUU